AAGAGACCAUGGGGUCAGCUUCCGAGAAUCACAUAGGCAUUGUCUGCACGCACCAUGGCUAGCAUCCAGUAUCCUUCCGCCUCCGUCGACGCUGACAGGGAAGCCCCCCGAGGCCCGGUGGUCGAUUUCAUGGUGGAGGAGCUGGAAACCCUGAUCGAGGAUGCGGAGACGUGGGUCAAGGUGAAGGCGCGAUUGGAGCAUGUCGUCCGGCUGUACAACUCCGGCAAGCCCCUAUUCCCCCGCGUGCUGUUGGAAGACCUCAACCGGCAAAUCGAAGCGGGACAGGAGAGUGUCCGAAUCGACGAUCUGGACGAUGUUACCACCAGCUACAGCCUGCUGGUUCCCGCCUCGUGCUCGGAUAUCGCCAGCACCUACUGCAUCGGAUACGCGAGCAUCCAACUGAUGACCUACAUACACCCAUCCUUCACGACCAUGAUUGUUCCCGAUCCAUCUCCCGUCUCCAUCUCGUACACCCACUACCCCAACGUCCCCGAGAGCACACUGGAGGAGGUCCGAGGUGCAUUCGGCCAGAUCCGCAGCCAUUGGGAGAGGAGUGAGACGUGCCAGAAGCUGCAGGGGCAGCUGUUCAGCAUGGAGUCCUCGACGCAGAUCCGCAAGAUCGUCGCGUUCGGCCUGGGCACGCUCGCGAAGGUGCAGAAAGGACGGUUGUCCACCAGCUCGUACGUCCAACACGCGGCGAUCAAGACCAUGGCGACGGUGCUUAGCCCAGACGGCGGCGAGGAAAUCCAGUGUUACGCGCAGGACCCGUGGUACGACGCGAUGGACGUGGCGUUCCUGACCAGCAUCGGCAUCACGGUGGUGAACGAUCCCAAAGGGUUCCUCGAGAUCGACGAGUCGACAUUGGUGUUUUCGGUCUGUCCCAACGUGCCCGUCAAGCAGAUCGUGGCGGAUGUGCAGUGGCCCGGGGCGAUGAUCUGGAACACGGUGUGCGAGGGCGAGGAGACGAAGCAGUGGAGGAAGCGACUGAGUUCCGGCGAGGAGUUCUGGUUGGGCCCCCUGAUCACGGACCCCGAUUCCCCCCGUGUGUGUGACAUGGUCAGGCAUUACAACAAAAUGCCCCUCUACGACCCGGAGGAUUACUUUGGGGACUUGACCAUUUACGUGAAAUAAUGUGGUUGACCAUCGUGUGAUAUUUGUGUCCCUGUUUCUCCGUCGCGGGAUGUGCUGGGGGGAUGUGGAGACAGGACGGGGUAUAUAUAGUGAUCGAGAUUUCCCUCGAC